CACAUGUCUCAUGCGCCUCUCGAUUCCCGACGGUGCGCUCUUGGCGCCAGGCCCUCCUUCGUCGCAGAUGGCCCCAAUCAUCCCUAAUCUCUGCAGCUCUGCAGAGAGCGUCGAGGAUCGAGCUCCCGCAUUUGUUCUAUGUCCAGGUUUCUCGGAGCCUCGACAGCCUCGGAGCUACAUGUGUACGGCUUGUGGAAGGAGCCGUCGGAUCCUUCAAUUUUGACGUGUGGAUCGAGAGAUGUUCUUCGCGGCAAUUUUGAAGAUAUGAAAUUAAAAAUUGUUUGUUUUCCGGGAAAUUCGUCAGGUCCGGAGAAGAGUGAUUUUCAUCUCUCGUCGAGCUGGAGUUUCUUCUUCGAUCUGGUCCGAGGACGGGGUGCGUUGUAGAGCUGAGCAGGAUAUGGGUUAUGCUGGUGAUGUUUGUCACAACCUUCGGGAUCGUACAGUCGUGCGUCCAUGACAGUCGAUGGAAACGUGCAACAGGAACGCAUAUGGGUAAUCGUGAAACGGGCCGUGGGGCGCUGGAAGGGAAAGUUCUAGGAUUGAGAAUGGAUUCCGAGCGAAGUGAUUGGAGUGAGGAGAAACAGGUGGACGGAACGGUAGAGAGGGCGGGAGCUUGAUGCCUCACUUGUUCGUCUGACCUUGAACUCUGGGAGUGGGUGUUGCUGUUAACCCGACAGCCAUGACAUUCUUAUGUAUUAUCGUUAGUGCUCGUGCCCGUGCCCGUUGUAUGACCAAAUUGUGGAAUAAUCACUCCAAAUCUCACCGAUAUCUUCCUGCCCAAAAGCAGCUUCACGUGUUCAGCACUCGUUCUUCUCCGACCAACCUCGGCAGUGCGGAUUCCGGCUCUCUCUCGGAGCCGAAGCCCACUCAGACAGAGGUCCCCGUUCUUAUAGUCGGAGCUGGUCCUGUGGGACUUUCUCUGUCAAUUCUGCUCUCAAACUAUGGCAUCCGCUCACUGGUGGUCGAGAAGAGGGCCAAGUUGUCAAUGCAUCCCCAGGCUCACUUUAUCAACAACCGAACGAUGGAGAUAUUCAGGAAGAUGGAAGGCUUGGCGGAUGAAAUAGAAAAGGCACAGCCUCCACUUGAUCAUUGGCGCAGGUUCGUCUACUGCAACACCCUUGCUGGUCCUGUUAUCGGGACUGUGGAUCAUCUUCAGCCCCAGGAUGUAUCAAGGGAGAAGAGCCCCACAUACAUUGCGCAUUUCUCCCAGCAUCGUCUUCUACCUCUUCUGUUGAGUCGUGCUGAAAAGCUUUCUCAGAAUCUGAAGAACGAGAACGGUACAGUUUUAGAGCGCGAAGAUGCGUCUCUAUCGUUGCGAGGGAUUCACUUCAGCCAGGAAUUGGUAGCCCUGAAAGACGAAUCUGGUUAUAUCACGGCAGGGUUGUCUUCUUCAGACAAGGAUUCAGUCUUUCCUAAGUGUAUAAAGUGCAGAUAUGUGGUGGGAACGGAUGGAGCAAGUAGUUCCGUUCGAAGACUGAUGGGUGUAAGGAUGGAGGGCGAAGAAGCUAUGCAAAAGCUUAUCAGUGUACACUUCAUUAGCAAAGAGCUUGGAACUUACCUUCUGAAAGAUCAGCCAGGCAUGCUGUACUUUGUUUUCAAUGCCCGUGUAAUUGCUGUUAUUGUUGCACAUGAUCUGGAAGUCGGGGAGUUUAUAGCCCAGAUACCUUUCUAUCCACCACAACAGCGGUUUGAAGACUUCAAUCUCAAAGUGUGCAGAGAUUUGAUCCGUGAUGUUGCUGGAAUGCCAAAUUUGGAAGUGGACGUGAGGACUAUCAAACAGUGGGUGAUGCAUGCCCAAGUAGCAGACACUUUCAGUGGCUUCGAUGCACGUGUUUUCCUCGCUGGGGAUUCGGCACAUCGGUUUCCUCCAGCAGGGGGUUUUGGUAUGAACACGGGCAUUCAAGAUGUUCAUAAUCUAGCCUGGAAACUUGCGGCCGUCAUUUACGGCUGGGUGUCAAAUGAGCUUCUACUCACCUACAAUACGGAACGUCGUCAGAUAGCGAAAGCCAACAAAGAUUUAAGCGUUGCCAACUUCCACGCAGCCAUGGCUAUACCAACAGCUCUUGGCCUUAAUCCGUCAGCCGCAAGUAUGGCUCAAAAGCUUGUUAACGCUGGAGCUUCAUGGUUGCCAGUGAGACUACAAGGUGCAAUUUUAGACGGUGUUUUUGCCGUUGGCCGCUCGCAGGUCUCCGAGGUUUUUUUAAAUAGAUACAAUCCCAUUGCAGCUUCAAGAAUUUCUCGAGUUCAACGAAUUUUGCAGCAAGGAUCAAGCCUGCAACUUCAGUUUCCGGCUGAAGACUUGGGAUUCAGAUAUGUAUGUGGAGCUCUGGUUAGUGACAAAAUAGACACCACAGAAGAAGAGCUUGCAAAACCAACAGGAAGACGACGGGAGUACAUACCAUCAAGCAAGCCUGGUUCUCGCUUGCCCCAUAUGAAUAUGCGCUAUUUAGAUGCCGAGUUCAAAUUUUAUAAUGAGGAAAGACUGUCAACCCUAGAUCUCGUCAGCUACGCUAGUUUGGAAUUUCUCUUUAUUGUUGGGCCAACUAGAAGCGGUUUCAAGUGGGGAGAUGCAGCACUAAAAGCAUUCAAGCAGCGUGGAGUACCUCUGAAGGUGUCGGUGAUAUGGUCAAAAGGGUUUGCACGGAGAUAUAGCUCGGAUAAACUAUCUGAAGAAGAAAGGGAUGUCGUUCGCAGAUGGAGACAAUUGGAGACAGCCUGUGUCGUUCAUGUUGAAGAGGAUGUUGAUUCCUGGUGGAAACUGUGUGGAAUGCCUUCAACAGGGGCACUUAUAGUCAGACCUGAUGAGCACAUUGCUUCGCGCAUACUACAAGAAGCUGAUGAGUAUGAUGAUGAUGUAGAAGAGUAGGAGUGAGUGCAUAUUAAAUAAGACGAGCUUCAAUCUCGCCUGUCGGUGAGUCUGUGCGCAAUUGCCAUUUAGUUCAGUCUGACCUCGAUUCAUCACCUUUUAGUCAUAAUCUUGAGAGGAUAAAGAGAAGAGUUACAGGAAUGAAGAAGUAAAUUAAUUGAACACAUCAUGUGUAAGCAAAUUGUAGUUUGGGCUCACUUUAGUUCAGUUACAAUAGCUGACAUAUUCAGGAAGUGCAGUGCUGGCCUUCGGUACCUCAAGAGUUGGUGUAUUUUAAACUUUUUGAAGUCCCUAUGCUUGCAGGUCAAAAAUCAAAAAAAUUUCAAGUCGGUAAUUCUCAAAACUGGUCCUAGUAAGCGACUGGUCUUACAGGCGACGUUCGUUUCCUCUCUGAACAGAAUGAUUUACUAGACGUGGGAGUGUAAAUAGGGGGUCAAGUUGGAAUCCAGCAACGCUUUGCGACCUUUUUUCUUGUUUGACUAUCCCAGAUCAACGUCGAAUAUCAUAAUAUUUUGGAAUUUUCUGCAGUGAAUUCGAGAACAUUGCUGGUACGGAGAGGUCAUUGAAAUUCGUUGUAAAGAAGUAUUUCUG